AGACGCGCCAGAGCUAAGGGAUGGCUGAAGUUCUAGGCAACCAAGUGGUUGUGGGGGAACUCGGGGCGGGCGCGUCCCACCCCGUGAUGUGUGAAGGAGGGAACGCUGUCCCGUGGCUUGUGCUGGAUGUGAAAUCGGGAGCUGGCUAAAGGGGAGAACCGUCGGGCUGAAAAUGGCCCACAGAACCUGGUACAGAAUGAAGCUGAAGAAGUCCCCCGUGGCUGGAUGCUGCUUCUUGUUUGCCUUAUCCGUGGUCACACUUACUGGUUUCUCUCCAGCCCCACUCAGCAGCUACAAGGAGUCUGAUUUCCAGUUCCUGCCUAGGAAUGAGCCUCUUGAGAAAGCUGCUCGUGCCAAGCGUAUGUGGAAAAAUUCCACUGUCUCUGUUGCCCGGCAAGCAUGGCGCUUCAGCCACAGAAAAUGGCCCGGUCCUCAGGGGAGACUUAACUUAUCAAGUCCUGGUUCUUUUUGCAAGCAAAAGAGCAAACUGAGCACACAGGGUGGACAAAAUCUGCAGGAGUUAAAAGCAAGGAGGAAGAACAGCAGGCAGAUUAGAAAACCUAACACUGUGACAAAAGGCCCUGAAUGCAGAAGAAAAUUCCAACCUAAACACCAUCCCUCCCAGACUAACCACAGUAAGCGGAGGGAGUAUGAUGCCCCUUUUAGUUUAAACCAUGCUGGGAAAGAGCGUAGUUUCUCCCCACCUACAAUUGGGAAGGAGGUAGAUGGGAAACCACAAAGGCAGUUGGCUCCGUUGGCUCAUCCUUUGCAAGAGGCAGAGCCCGGAGCUCUUUUAUUUCAUAAAAAUGCUUCUGGAGGCCAGCUAGCUGUACCACAGGAACAAUGUAAACCAGAUGUACAGCCAGCUGGCGCUCAACACCAGCCCUCUGAUCUAAUCAAAGCUUUCAUCUCAGACAGGCAGUCCUCCCAGACUGUGACAGGCACUUGGAUGCAGAUGAGAAAUGCUCACUCUGCACAUCCACAUUUUUGGACCAGAGACCCAGAGGAGCUGCAGAAAUCCAACUGGUGCAAAGAGCCACAGGGCAAUGGCCAUCCAGGAAAACAGGAGGGGAAACUGAGGUUUGGUGAGAAAAGCCUUCCAUGGUUUACUCCAGAAGAUGUUGAGAAAAUGAAGCUUCUGACUAAUGGCACAGUUGUCAGCAAAGACAGAAUACCUGGCCAUGGGCAAAUACUCAGAGUUACCCUCUCCAACCAAGGUGUUCUCUCACAUGACCCUAGCAGCCUCUGUCUUGAUGGGCUGUGCGGAUUAAUCAAAAGGACCACUGACCUCUAUGAGGUCCUGGCUUUCCACUUGGACAGGGUGCUGGGGCUGCAUCGGAGUUUACCUGUGGUGGCCAGGAAAUUCAGCAGUCACCUGCUACCUUAUAAAUACACCGAUGGUGCCACUAGGCCCAUUGUAUGGUGGGCACCUGAUAUACAACACCUGAAUGAUUCCAAUAAUGACCAGAACUCAUUUGCUCUUGGAUGGCAGCAGUACCAGGAUCUGCUACGGCAACGGUGUGGCAUGAAAGAUUCUGGAACAUCUCUUGGGAAAGCACCAUGUUUGACUGUCCUGCAUUCAGAAUGGGCCAAAUUGGCACUCUUUGAUUUUCUCCUUCAGGUGCACGACCGCCUAGAUCGAUAUUGCUGUGGCUUUCAACCAGAUCCUUCUGAGCCCUGCGUUCAGGAAAUGCUCCAUGAGAAAUGUGGGAAUCCCACAGAACUGCUCUUGGUUCACAUCUUGAUCCGGAAGACCAAGCCUUCUCACUUAGUAUUUAUUGACAAUGCAGGCAGACCUCUCCAUCCAGACGCAAAACUUAAUUUCAGGAUGCUGGAAGGCAUAGAUGGGUUUCCUGCGACAGCUUUGACUAUACUCAAAUCAGGCUGUUUACAAAACCUGCUUUUACAAUCACUGUAUGUUGAUGAAGAAUUCUGGGAGACCCAUGGUGGAGAAAAAGGAGUUCAGGAUUGGGUUCAGGCCAUUGACAGGAGAGGGCAGAUCCUGCUUCAGUAUAUUCAGGAGCGGAAUUUGACAGCUGUUGAAGACUCCACACUUUAGACUCUGGUGUCAGGGGUGCUGCAUUCACCUGCUAUCCAAAAGAACU